AUGAUCGUGGAGACGCUACCAUCUACUGCUACAACCCUGCACCAUCCAAGCCUGAACCUUGAUACUAGCGUUGCGUCGUCGGCACCGAUGACCUCGCAGCAGGAGCUUGGGCAGCCCAAGAAACGCAAGUCUCCUGGACACAGCAGCAGCCAACGACCCCAUGUUGGCGGCGGCGGAAGAGGCGGCUGUCAGCAAGAAAAGGGGGAAGCGAGCUGCGUCAGGUCGAAGCCGAUCAAGAAGGGGAGUGGCAAGGGCACCGCAGCAAAUUCGGACAGGGAGGCGAGGUGGGCGGAGCAGCUGUUGAACCCGUGCGCGGCCGCCAUCGAAGCGGGCAACCUCCCGCGCACGCAGCACCUGCUGUACGUGCUCGGUGAGCUGGCCUCCUUCUCCGGCGAACCCAACCACCGCCUGGCAGCGCACGGGCUGCGCGCCCUCAUGCGACGCCUCCCGCACGCCGUGGGCCAAGCGGCUGCGGCGACCGUGAAGAUGCCAUCUUGCGAGUGCCCGACGCCGGUGUUCUCCGGCGUCGACCCGCGCCUGUUCCGAGCCUCGCUCAUCAGGUUUAACGAGGUCAGCCCAUGGUUUUCCGUGCCGAACGCGCUCGCCAACUCCGCGAUCGCGCAGGCCGCGUCGACGAAGGGUGCGGUGACAGAGCCCCGCCAGGUUCACGUCGUGGACAUCGGUGUCUCGCACGGCGUCCAAUGGCCAACGCUGCUCGAGGCGCUCACCCGCGUGCCGCGGGGCUCCACGCCGCCCUCCGUCCGCCUCACGGUCGCCGGCCCCACGGCCACACCACCCGUGCCCUUCUCCGCAUCACCUCCAGGCUACGACUGCUCACCGCAGCUGCUCCGGUACGCCAAGUCCAUCGACCUAGACCUCGGCAUCGUCCAAGCGCCAUGUUUGGACACCUUGCACGGCACUCUCACCCCCGGCGAGACCCUCAUCGUCUGCCUCCAGUUCCGACUCGGCCUCGCCACAGCCGACGAGCAGGCAGCUAUACUCCGAACGGUCAGGGACCUCAACCCGGAGCUAAUGGUCCUCACUGAGCUGGACGGCGGCGGCAGCCAGCGAGUUCGCGGCGAGGCUGGAGCUGCUUUGGAGAUUCCUUGA